CAGGCGGAUGGAAUGAGACGGCGAGAAAAUCAAUUCUUUCUGACUGCCAUCGUUCAUAAGAUUGUUCGACGACGAUUCUUGGGGUUUUAAGUUUUCCGUUUUUUGAUUUUUGCAUUUUCCUGGAAAAAAUAAGUUGUGAAACCGUGUAAACACCAGUUUAAGUGCACGAGGAGUGUGUUCUUCGGGAGAAAGCAUUUGUCAUAUUUUUAUGGUAAUUGAAAAUACGAUUGUAGAGGCCGGAAGGUGCUGAAGAAAAAGGCAAAGGUGAAAGUGAACGUGAGCAUUCAAAGCGUGCAAGUCAAAAACGAAGAAGAUAGAAAAAGUGAAAUGUCAAGAGUGCUGACGGCGAAAAGCGAUGACUACUAUCAUAGGCAUCUUGGAUUGAGCGGUAUACAGUCGUCCUUCGAUGGAGAUUCUCUGCCCGAUUAUGACGAGUUCGAUUCCGAGUCAGUGACGCUGGAAUAUUUCAAGGAGAGCAACAAACGGGGUCCCUCUCCUGACAAGAUGGCACCAACGACGACGAUUGAAACCGUCACCAUCACAAGGCCACUCAAGGUAAUUGCCUUCAUCUGUGGAGUGAUAGUGGGCAUAUUGAUGAUUCUGGCCCUCACGUCAACGGAUUGGCUGAUGGCGGAAAGCUGGCGCCAGGGACUGUUUGUGCACUGCAUCGAGGAGGACUACUCGCCACCACUGCCGUUCAACCUGCAGGACCCAGCCGGCUGUUACGCCAGCCGUGACGUCACUUACAUCAAAGCCACCGCUGGCCUUUGUAUCAUCACGCUGGUUACCGAUAUCAUAGCGACGAUACUGACCGGUCUCGGGCUGAACACACAGGACCACAAUCGCAAGUACAAAUUCUACCGCGUGGCAGUGCUCGUUAUGAUGGUGGCAUUGAUUUCGUUGCUAGUGGCUCUUAUACUAUAUCCAGUGUGCUUUGCCGCAGAACUCAAUCUAGAUCCACACUUCAUUGCAGGAAACCGCCCGGUGUGGGAGUUUGGCUGGGCGUAUGGCGUCGGCUGGGGUGCUGCGAUCUUCCUGUUCGGUGCCGUAGUGCUGCUCCUAUGCGACAAGGAAUCCGAAGAGAUCUACUACAAGGAAAGGAAAAUAGUACACGACGCCUCGAUGAGGGACUAGGCCCGGCCACACGCCCUGCCCGAUGUUGUACUCUAGGCUUUUUAAACGAAAUCGAGAAAAACUAAUUGUCGUUCACAAUCCUCUCAAAGAAAAGUGUUAUAGAGAUGAUGUACCAAUCAGAAACCGCGAAGCAAACAGUGGAAAUUUAAUUACUUAGAAAACAAAAUCACGCAAGUCAAUCGAUACCUAAUCAUAUUUGAUGUGCUCUAAACAACUGGAUGAAUGUUGAUUGCUAUCGUUGGAGCGUUCCCGAUUUUUGGCACUCGAUCGAUGAGCGAUAAAUUUUCGUUAUCAAAAUAGCCAGCUUCGAAAUUCAAGUUCGAGUUAUUGUUUACGAUUCUCUUGAAGCAACCGAUUGAUUGUAAAUUUGUUGCCAAAAACUGGAAAACAUUACGAACAUAAAAAAAUGUAGUGAGACUUUAGACCAAGCAGCCAAAAAAGCGAACAAAAGCAUGUUUGAAUUUUUGUGUUGAGGCGUUAGGCUGUUUCGUACUUGACAUUCUGGAUAUACUCGAAAUUUACUAUACCCAAAAGCAAACCAACAAAAACCCUGGAUUACCAAAUGGAACCAUCUGGCACGGAGACAACAGCAAGAAGCAAAAUGCAGAGAAUGAACGCGAUUUUUUGAGAAGUUAUUAAAAAGCAAUUAGAUAAGCCGGAAAACAUCAGCAUGUCGUCACGCAAACGAUUUGAAGAUCUGAUUAGAUUUAUGAAACGAACAUCAACAACAAGAACUGCAAGACACAAAGAAAAACGUGACAUGGGCAAGGGUGAGGCGCCGUAAAAACAACAAAUGCUAAACUAGUUUAUACAAGAAACACGUAUUUAUUGAAACAAAAAAAGAAAAUAAGGAAUCGACUCUAUUUAUACAGCCAUUUUUUCUGGAAGAGAAUUCAAUAUGUAGGAUCAAGAUCACGUGGAAAGUUUAAAUCGAAGGAAUUAAUUAGCAAACUAUGAAAUUACUACAACUACUACUAUUACAAUUACUAUUGUAAAAUAUUUAUUCGACAAAUUGAUAUUUGUUUUGAACAUUUUUGUUUUGUGUUAUAAUAUUUAAAGGUAUUUUAUUCUGGGACAUGGAUCGUAGCAGAAAUUGUGGUCUUUCUUAUAUACACGAAUAGUAUCGAAACGAAUUUUCUACUCUUACUUGUGAACACUGACGAUUAUCUUGUAUAAACACAUCCCUUUUCGCAUCACCGGGAGCUAACGGUUCAGAAUAACCUUACCUUAUGCAUACCCAUACACAACGGUUGGAAAUAAAACGAAAAUACUCACUCAAAUAUAGACGCAUAACAAAACAAUAUCUAACUCUCCAUAUCGAACAGAUCUACAUCCAACAGUAACAACAACAAACCAUAUAAAACACAAUUUUACACAUGUACUAGGUAGGAGUAAUUCUUGGACUGCCUUCCUCUACAAUGACCAUGGGCAUCAAGAUGGAUUUGCAAAGGACUUUUCGGUUAAAAAUCGGUACGUUCUCAAUAACGAAUCUCAAAUAUAAAUAACCGUAAACGGUUUACAAAAAUAAUCAAAAUCAUAUCUACUUUUCUAAGAGAAAGCGAAACAACGUUUCAAUUGUGGAAGAAUUUCCCACGAAAAGAUUGUACACAUUGUGGACGGAUCUAUGAUAUCAGUCAUUUUUUAUACUUCCUUUCCCCAAAAGUAACCACAGUUAGUGUACUAGAAACAAAGGAAUGUCACGAUUAUAGGAGCAAGAUUGCUGUAUGACAAAAAAUUAGCACAAAUCAAACAAGCAUGUUUUUUGCAAUCUCUGAAUAAGUUUGGCAGUAGAGCAUUUUACCAAGUCUGGGUUCAUUAUUUUGAAUAAAUAUCAUAGUCGAUUUCUAUGCUACCAAUAUAAAAUUCUUCCGUAUCAAGAAAGUGAUUCAAGAGUAGAUUACGUAUGUAGAGUCCAUAAAUUCUUCCAUAAGUUUUAAAAUAAGUUGAGUGUUGAUUCAACUUGCAGUAAAUUAUGACUAAUUCGUUCAUGUACGUCUGGUUUCGUUUUACUCCAAAUCUAAAAAAAAUCUCACAAAAUGCUCAUUUGAUCCAAAACGAUCAUCCAUACUGAACAAGAUAUUAGUUCCCUAAAGGUUUCAAACUUUCAGAAAUAAUCAACCGUGGAAAGAAAUCGGGUGCAAACGUCUUGAGCUCAUUUUCAACUUAUCAUUUUGUACUGUAUUUGCUCUAAAUGAAAGGGAAAAAACCAUUCGUGGAUACUCGAAAAAAUAUUUUAUACCAAGUACCCCAUCUUGCAUUGACUAUUGAAACACAACAGCUAACGCGAAUUGAGUAAUCGUAGAUCAAAUUAUUAUUGAAAUAUCUGUCAAUUGUGUAAAUAGGUAUCGCUACGCUAAAUUAUAUGUAAUUAUCAUUGAUUGACUUUCAAUAAAGAGUUUUAACUACAAA